AUGAGCAUCAGACUCCGACCAUACGAGCCCAGCAUGUCCCCGGAUCUCUCCCUUUCACAAUCGACUUUGGUCUCCGCAUCUCCUCCAUCAUCAGUCGAGAGAUACUGCGAAGCGCUGGAUGCACUGAACGCCAGCAACCAUAACCUCGAAUACAAGAUCGCCAAGAUCCAAUCACGCAACCUUCGCCUCAAACUCGACUUGAUGAGACUCCAGCGACACAUCACAUCCUUCCAUCACGAUCUCCUUGCCACAUGGGAAGCCGACAUCCUGACAAGUCUCAUCGAAGUGGUUCACCAACGACAAGGUCGGAAAUUACCCAGGGGAUACGCCAUCAGCGACCUUCAAAGGCUCGACCGAAAGGUUCUGUCGGCGGUCUAUACCACGGCAGCGGCGAGAAUCGGCAGGAGGACACUUAGGAGUACGUUCGGUCUAUCACAGCAUUAUUGGUUAGCAUUGCGGAAGUACGAUGAGAUUGCGCAUCUGCGAAGUACAAGUCCUUCUCGCACGGAGGGUACGUUUGCUCGAUGGUUGAUGACAGAAAGGGAGAGGAAUCCCAAACGAGCGGGUUUCUGGGCCAGAUUGUUUCCUGUCUGUUAUGGUAGGACUGUGGAAGAGAGCUCGAAGAAAGUGUGA